GUCUCAUCUCUAAUGUAACUACCUUCUGCUUCAUCCUGCAACUGCAAAUAAUCUGUGAAUAACAAUGUCAAGAGGAGAAAUCGUCGUUCUUUUUCUGUCAGUACUGUUUGAGACGUCGUUGCAUCAAUGCAACACUCCGACGGGCUGCAUCAGAGAGAACCAGGAAAUCUUCGGUUCAUCUACCACAGAAAUUCCUCAAAUGCUGAGAGCAGGUGUGACAGAGGUUUUUUUUGUGGAAAGCCCCGUGGAAACAAUACCUAAAGCAGCCUUUGCUAAAAACCCGCAGCUUGAAAAGGUGGAAUUCAUGUAUACUCCAACAUCAACUAUUGAGCCAGGAGCUUUUGAAGGUUUGGGGUCCCUCAAGCACGUUGAGAUCUCCAACACUCCAUUAAUGUUAAUCCCAAUUGGAGUCUUCAAAGACCUCAGCAACCUGGAGAGUAUCAUACUGAAGUCUAACAGGCUACGUCGUUUGGAGAGAGGCUUGUUUGACGGCCUUAAAAAAGUAAGGGAUCUCCAGCUACAUAUGAACGAGAUCGCAUUGAUUGAAGAUGGGACAUUUGAAGGUCUUGAGAACCUUGAGUCUCUCCAUUUGGCUAAAAACAACAUUUCCACUGUAUCUACCAGUUUGUUCUCAAACCUUAACAAACUGCAGGUACUACGUCUUUAUGAGAAUCAGCUUACCACCAUUCCUGAGGACAUCUUUCAGAGUUUACCAAACUUGACGGAAAUCGCCUUGCAGGGCAACAAAAUAGCAGAAUUAUCACCAGAUUUGUUUCCACAUAAAGACAAACUAAAGAAGAUCCUUUUGGACAAUAACCUUCUCACCAGUUUACCUGAUGAAUAUUUUGUUGGCUUCCCUCAGCUUAAAACUCUGACCCUGCAGAAGAAUAAACUGACAAGUCUCCCACCAGUUCUUUUUGGGAAAAUGCCUAAACUGCUUCAGCUAAGCCUCAGUCAAAAUGAUCUCAGCACCCUUCCUCCAGGAAUAUUUAGCGCCCUUAACAAAGUUAAGAAGCUCGACUUGUCUAAUAAUCAUUUUGCCUCCUUGUCUCCCGAGUACUUUGAAGGCCCAGAGAAGCUCACAGAGCUGAACCUCCAGAAUAACAAGAUAAAGUCACUGGAUGCAGAUGUGUUUGAAAAGCUUCAGUCACUGGUCACACUAAAGCUCGAUCAUAACGACCUGCAGACGCUCCCUGAGGAUAUUUUUGAGCCUUUAAUAAAGCUAAGGAGGCUUUACCUCAGUGAAAACCCUUGGCACUGUGAUUGUAAUCUGAUUUUUUUUCACCUCUGGAUAAAAGCAAACUCUGACAAGCUUGCAUCACCUGUUGUCUGUGAGUAUCCAGAAUAUUUAAAGGGGCAGAAAAUCCAAUCCUUGACAGAAGAUCAAUUCAUUUGCCCCACCCUUCCCCCCACAACUACCCGCCCCACCACCACCACAGCAACUCCCACAACAACAACACGACCAACCACACCUACAACCACAACACCAACCAAUCCCACGGACUGCCCCAAAGACAUCCAGGAAGUCUUCAUGUCAGCUACUACUGAAAUUCCUCAAAUGCUGAGAGCAGGUGUGACAGAGGUUUUUUUUGUGGAAAGCCAGGCGGAAACAAUACCUAAAGCAGCCUUUGCUAAAAACCCGGAGCUUGAAAAGGUGGUGUUCAUGUACACUCCAACAUCAGCUAUUGAGCCAGGAGCUUUUGAAGGUUUGGGGUCCCUCAAGCACGUUGAGAUCUCCAACACUCCAUUAAUGUUAAUCCCAGUUGGAGUCUUCAAAGACCUCAGCAACCUGGAGAGUAUCAUACUGAAGUCUAACAGGCUACGUCGUUUGGAGAGAGGCUUGUUUGUCGGCCUUAAAAAAGUAAGGGAGUUCCAGCUACAUGGGAACGAGAUCGCAACGAUUGAAGAUGGGACGUUUGAAGGUCUUGAUAACCUUGUGUAUCUCCAAUUAGCUAAAAACAACAUUUACACUGUAUCUGCCUGUUUGUUUUCCCACCUUAACAAACUGCAGGUACUGGGUCUUUAUGAGAAUCAGCUAACCACCAUUCCUGAGGACAUUUUUCAGACUUUACCAAACUUGAUUGAAAUCGCCUUGCAGGGCAACAUAAUAGCCGAAUUAUCACCAAAUCUGUUUCCACAUAAAGACAAACUAAAGAAGAUCACUUUGGACAAUAACCACCUCACCAGUUUACCUGAAGAAUAUUUUGUUGGCUUCCCUCAUCUUAAAACUCUGACCCUGUGGAAGAAUAAACUGACAAGUCUCCCACCAGUUCUUUUUGGGAAAAUGCCCAAUCUGACUGAAUUAAGCCUCAGUCAAAAUUAUCUCAGCACCCUCCCUCCAGGAAUAUUUAGCGCCCUGAACAAAGUCAAGAAGCUUGACUUGUCUAAGAAUAAUUUUUCCUCCUUGUCUCCCGAGUACUUUGAAGGCCCAGAGGAGCUCAUGGAGCUGAACCUACAGAAUAACAAGAUAAAGUCGCUGGAUGCAGAUGUGUUUGAAAAGCUUCAGUCACUGGUCACACUAAAGCUCGAUCAUAACGACCUGCAGACGCUCCCUGAGGAUGUUUUUGAGCCUCUUAUAAACAUAAGCAGGCUUUACCUCAGUGAAAACCCUUGGCACUGUGAUUGUAAUCUGAUUUCUUUUCACCUCUGGAUAAAAGCAAACUCUGACAAGCUUGCAUCACCUGUUGUCUGUGAGUAUCCAGAACAUUUAAAGCAGCAGGAAAUCCAAUCCUUGACAGAAGAUCAAUUAAUUUGCCCCACCCUUCCCCCCACUACUUACCGCCCCACCACCACCACACCGACAACAACUCCCACAACCACAACACGACCAACUACACCUCCGACCACAGAAGCAACAACAAUAAUACCAGCACACCCACAGCUGCGUGUGCUGGAGGAAGAACAAGAGAGGCAGAGGAAAUAUAGGCUGCAGAAAUAAGAACUCUGUGCUGUAGACCACCCAGCAUCAAUGACACAGGAACAUUUAAAGCCAAGGGAAACUGCUCGCUGAUUACUGAGGUCAUCCCACAAAACGUUGAGCAUAGCGAUGAUUUUAGAGCCUCCAAGUCAUAGAAAGAACUGCAACAGCUCAUUCUUCUUCGGCUAGAACAAACAAGGAAAUGGAUUUUCUUUUGAGUUAGUUAGCAUACCGCUUUGUCCUGUGUGCUCUAAAACGUGAUCUGUCAUCUUACACACUAUAUGUAAAAAACUAUUUUGUGGGAAAGUGGGAUUAUUUGGUGAGUGUGAAGUGAAAUGCAGAUAAAUAGUAACCUUCUUUAAAAAAAAUGUUUAGACAGAACUGAGUACUCUCUUCAAUGGUCUGUCAUUAUUUCAUUAAUUAUUGCAGUUUGAAUUUUUGUGCUAACAAUACAUUCCAGCAACAAUUGUAAUCGUUGAAUGAGUAUCCAUGCUAAAUCAUAGUUGAAUUGUUCAUCCAUUGUAAGACAAUCAAAGCAACAUGUUACUUUGCAAUGAAUAAAUGCACUGCUUUUAGAAGAA